AGGGGGAAGUAAGCCACAUAAAUCUGACCCACAGCACAAGCAUCUCAAUUUGAAUCCACAAAGUUUUGGAUAAUGAAAAGAAAUACAUAAUUUUAAUUCAAGCCAAGUGUUUUCCAAGCAGAUUAUAUUUGCUUAAAUUGCUACAGUAAUUCAAGGACAGCCCUGUCUGGACACACAGUCACUGUGGAUUUUUAAGAGACUCAGUUAAAGAAUUUAGGAAUAUCUGAUUCAAUUUACAGGAUUUGCAAAUUCAUCAACCCCUGAAAACUAAAGCAAACUCAACAGGACAAAAAAAAAAAAAAAAAGAACAUGGGCUUUUUAAGUCCAGCAUGUGUCCUUUUCUGCUUUUUUGGAGUCAAAGUCUACUGCCAAUAUGAAAAUUAUCAAUGGGAUGAAGAUUAUGAUCAAGAGCCAGAUGAUGUCUACCAACCAGAAUUUCAAUUUCAUCAGAAUGAGGACUAUCAAGUUCCUUUUCAUCGGUACAUGUUAGGCUGUGCCACUGAAUGCUUCUGCCCACCCAACUUUCCAUCAUCAAUGUACUGUGACAAUCGCAAACUCAAGACUAUCCCGCGUGUCCCAGCUCACAUACAGCAAGUCUAUCUUCAGUUCAACGAAAUUGAGGCUGUGACUGCAGAUUCAUUCAUCAAUGCAACUUAUCUUAAAGAAAUCAAUCUCAGCCACAACAAGAUUACAUCUCAAAAGAUUGAUUAUGGUGUGUUUGCUAAGUUGUCAAAUCUACUACAACUUCAUCUACAGCAUAACAACUUAGAAGAAUUUCCAUUUCCUCUUCCCAAGUCUUUGGAAAGACUUCUUCUUGGCUACAAUGAGAUCUCCAGAUUGCAGACAAAUGCCAUGGAUGGGCUAGUAAACUUGACAAUGCUUGAUCUCUGUUAUAAUCAUCUUGAAGAUUCCAUGUUACAAGAAAACAUACUUGCUAAAAUGAAAAAAUUAAUGCAGCUCAACUUAUGUAAUAACAGAUUAGAAUCCAUGCCUCCUGGUCUGCCUUCUUCACUUAUGUACCUGUCUUUAGAAAAUAACUCAAUUUCUUCCAUACCAGAAAAUUACUUCAGUGAACUUCCAAAACUUAAUGCUCUACGAAUGUCACACAACAAACUACAAGACAUCCCAUAUAAUAUUUUUAAUCUUUCCAACCUUAUAGAGCUCAAUGUUGGACACAACAAACUGAAACAAGCAUUCUAUAUUCCAAGGAAUUUACAACACCUAUACCUAGAAAAUAACGAAAUUGAAAAUAUCAAUGUUACAGUGAUGUGUCCAUCUAUUGAUCCACUACAUUACCACCAUUUAACAUACAUUCGUAUGGACCAAAAUAAACUAAAAGAGCCAAUAAGCUCAUACAUUUCCCUCUGCUUCCCUCUUCUACACACUAUUUAUUAUGGUGAGCAAAGAAGCACUGAUGGUCAAACAAUACAGCUGAAGACCCAAGUUUUCAGGAGAUUUCAAGGUGAUGAAGACAGUGAAGAACGUGAUGAUCAACAAGAAGGUCCAGAACAAGAAGAAACAGAAGAAAACAUUGACCCUCACUAUUAUGGAAGUUAAGAAUGACAAGAAACUAUAAGUAUACAUUUAUGAUUUUAUACAUUAUUCAAUAUAAACUUAACUAAACAUGGACAGCUUACAAUAAUACCUAGAAUCAUGUAUUAGUAUAAGAUCAGACGGAAUUUAAGUUCUUGGGAACAUCUGCAUCAUUACGUAAGGUUCAAACCUACUUAAAAUGAUACAAGUCUUCAGAAAUAUAAAUCAGAAUGACAAAUGGGAAUAAAAACUCAACUUGAGGGGUGCCAGGGUGGCUCAGUAGGUUGAGCGUCCAACUCUUGAUUUUGGCUCAGGUCAUGAUCUCAUGGUUCCUGACACUGAGCCCUGCCUGCAUCGGGCUCUGCACUGACAGCCUGGAGCCUGCUUGGGAU